GCACCUGUAAGCACCUCAGCUUUAGAGGUGCUGGCCUUCCGUUUGGGCUUCUUGCCACAACAGAACAGCACCAUGGUCAUGGCCUUCCUCUCCCGACAGAAUCUUCAGGAGAUCCUCCAAACCCUCUCAGUUCUGCAGUGGCUCCCAGUCUACAUAUUUUUAGGAGCUAUUCCCAUUGUCCUUAUACCCUACUUUCUGGUGUUCACGAAUUUCUGGACCUUGCCCGUGCUCACCUUAGCCUGGCUCGCCUAUGAUUGGAACACCCACAGUCAAGGUGGUAGGCGUUCUGCUUGGGUACGAAAAUGGACCCUCUGGAAACAUUUCCGAAAUUACUUCCCAAUAAAGCUGGUGAAGACUUGUGAUCUCUCUCCCAAACACAACUAUAUCAUUGCCAACCACCCCCAUGGUGUUGUCUCUUACGGUGUCUUCAUCAACUUUGCAACUGAGGCCACUGGCUUUGCUCGGAUUUUCCCAGGCAUCACUCCUUCUGUAGGGACCUUGGAAGGGAUCUUCUGGAUCCCAAUUGUGAGAGAAUAUGUGAUGUCUUUGGGUGUGUGCCCCGUGAGUGAGUUGGCCUUGAAGUAUUUGCUGACUCAGAAAGGCUCAGGCAAUGCCGUGGUUAUCGUGGUGGGCGGAGCUGCUGAAGCCCUCUUAUGCCGGCCAGGAGCUUCUACCAUCUUCCUUAAACAGCGUAAAGGUUUUGUGAAAUUGGCACUGAAGACAGGAGCACACCUUAUCCCUUCAUAUUCCUUUGGAGAGAAUGAGGUGUACAAUCAAGAGACCUUCCCUGAGGGCACAUGGUUAAGGUUCUUCCAAAAAGCCUUCCAGGGAACAUUCAAAAAAAUCUUGGGACUAAAUUUCUGUACCUUCCAUGGCCGAGGCCUCACUCAAGAAUCCUGGGGCUUCCUGCCUUUUAAUCGGCCCAUUACCACUGUUGUUGGGGAGCCCCUGCCAAUCCCCAGGAUUAAGAGGCCAAAUAAGAAGACAGUGGACAAAUACCACACACUCUACAUCAGUGCCCUGCGCAAGUUAUUUGAUCAGCACAAAGUUCAGUAUGGCCUUUCUGAGACUCAGGAGCUGACAAUAGUAUAACAAGAGCUGGAUUCCCUUAUUGAACUCCCAAAGCAUUGAGGGAUCCAAGCAAGGUCACAUAGAAGGAAGAAUUUGGGGAGAGUGGAGGAUCUCAGAUGUGAGAUAGGAGCCAACCAAGCCAGAAAGUACUUAACGAGUCAAGUUUGGGGGAAGGAACUAGAGGAACAGGGGAGGCUGGGCAACAACCCAGUUGAGCAAGCAGUCUUGUGAGUCAACAGAUCUUUAUUGCCCCCUGACUCCAGCCAACUCUCUGAUAAGAAGAAUGUGAAGCCAAAGAACACCAUGAUCCUUCCUCCUGAGGCUUAGUGACACCAUCACUAUUUGGGUUUAGACUUAGAAGACUUGUUGAGAACAGGGAUGGUUUGUUUCCUCCUAAACCCGUUCCCUACACAUGGGACCACUACAAGAUAAACUGGUGACUUGAACUGUGGUUUCCUGACCCAAGCAGAGAGUAUUCCCUCAGUUGUGACACAAUUCCACAUUGACAAAAACGUUUGCAUGCAGUUAUGCUGUUUCUUUUUAUUAAAAUAA